GUUUCUUCACCGGAAGAGCCACCAGAGCCGCCAAGUUGAGGCGGUGCGCGGCCCGGCGUCCGUCGGGAGCGCGGGCCCGACCGAGCCGCCCGCGUGGCUUCUGUCUCACCCGGGCGCGAGGCGGGCCCGCCGGAGCCUGCGCGCCCCCGCGGCCGACUGCGCCUGGAGCGGCCCUGCCCCGCCCCCAUCUGGGGCCUCCUCCCGCCUCUCCAGCCCCGGCGCGACUCCACCACUCGGCCUGAGUUCUGUUCGCCCCUCGGCCUUGGGAGCAGCGUUCUCCCGGGGACUUCUGACUCCGCGUAUCCGCCAUUACCUAGAUCCAAGAUGAAUAGCGAUCAAGUUACAUUGGUUGGUCAAGUGUUUGAGUCCUAUGUUUCGGAGUACCAUAAGAACGAUAUUCUUCUCAUCUUGAAGGAAGGAGAUGAAGAUGCUCAUUACCCAGUUGUGGUUAAUGCCAUGACCCUGUUUGAGACCAACAUGGAAAUUGGGGAAUAUUUCAAUGCAUUCCCCAAUGAAGUGCUAACUAUUUUUGAUAGCGCCCUACGAAGAUCAGCCUUGACAAUUCUUCAGUCCCUCUCUCAGUCUGAAGGUGUCUCCAUGAAGCAGAAUCUUCAUGCCAGGAUAUCAGGAUUGCCUGUUUGUCCCGAGCUGGUGAGGGAGCACAUCCCAAAAACCAAGGAUGUGGGACACUUUUUAUCUGUCACUGGGACAGUGAUCCGAACAAGUCUGGUGAAGAUCCUGGAGUUUGAACGGGAUUACAUGUGUAAUAAGUGCAAGCAUGUCUUUGUGGUCAAGGCUGACUUCGAGCAAUAUUAUACCUUCUGCCGGCCAUCCUCAUGUCCCAGCUUGGAGAGCUGUGGUUCCACAAAAUUCACUUGCCUCUCAGACUUGUCUUCAUCUCCAACUCGGUGUAGAGAUUAUCAGGAAAUCAAAAUUCAGGAACAGGUUCAAAGGCUGUCUGUCGGAAGUAUCCCACGGUCUAUGAAGGUUAUCCUGGAAGAUGACUUAGUAGACAGCUGUAAGUCAGGCGAUGACCUCACUAUUUAUGGUGUUGUAAUGCAACGAUGGAAGCCCUUUCAGCAAGAUGUGCGCUGUGAAGUGGAGAUAGUCCUGAAAGCCAAUUAUGUCCAAGUAAAUAAUGAGCAGUCUACAGGGAUCAACAUGGAUGAGGAGGUCCGAAAGGAAUUUGAGGAUUUUUGGGAAUACUAUAAGAGCGACCCCUUUGCAGGAAGGAAUGAAAUACUGGCCAGCUUGUGCCCUCAAGUUUAUGGAAUGUACCUAGUAAAGCUUGCUGUGGCUAUGGUGCUGGCUGGUGGGAUUCAAAGGACUGAUGCAACAGGCACACGGGUCAGAGGUGAAUCUCAUCUUUUAUUGGUUGGGGACCCUGGCACAGGGAAAUCGCAGUUCCUCAAAUAUGCAGCAAAGAUUACACCAAGAUCUGUGCUCACCACAGGAAUUGGAUCUACCAGUGCAGGUCUGACAGUAACUGCUGUGAAAGACUCAGGAGAAUGGAAUUUGGAGGCUGGGGCGUUAGUCCUUGCAGAUGCGGGCCUUUGCUGUAUCGAUGAGUUUAAUAGCCUCAAAGAGCAUGAUAGAACCAGUAUCCAUGAAGCAAUGGAGCAACAAACCAUAAGUGUUGCUAAGGCUGGCCUCGUGUGCAAGCUGAACACAAGGACCACCAUCCUGGCAGCAACUAACCCCAAAGGCCAGUAUGACCCCCAAGAGACUGUGUCAGUGAACAUCGCCCUUGGCAGUCCUCUCUUAAGUCGAUUCGACCUGAUCCUGGUUUUGCUUGAUACCAAGAAUGAAGACUGGGACCGGGUGAUUUCCUCCUUUAUCUUAGAAAACAAAGGUUACCCAAGCAAAUCAGAGAAGCUCUGGAGCAUGGAAAAGAUGAAAACCUACUUCUGCCUCAUUAGGAAUCUACAGCCCACACUGUCUGACGUGGGCAAUCAAGUUCUUCUCCGCUACUACCAGAUGCAAAGGCAGAGUGAUUCCCGAAAUGCUGCCCGGACAACCAUCCGCCUGUUGGAGAGCUUGAUACGAUUAGCAGAAGCUCAUGCUCGCCUGAUGUUUCGUGACACAGUGACUCUGGAAGAUGCUAUUACAGCAGUGUCAGUAAUGGAGUCCUCCAUGCAGGGAGGUGCACUUCUGGGAGGUGUGAAUGCACUCCACACUUCCUUUCCUGAAAACCCUCUGAAGCAGUACCAGAGGCAGUGUGAACUCAUUCUGGAAAAACUGGAACUGCACAACGUCUUGAGUGAAGAGCUAAGAAGACUUGAAAGGUUACAGAAUCAGAGCGUGUCUCAAUCCCAGCCACCAGCCGUGGAAGCAGAGACGACCCCAGGGCCCCUCAGAGAUGAUCUAAGGAAAGAAUCAAAGUUCAGAAUGUCAACUCAGCAGGUAAACUGUAGCAAGCACAUGCCAUCUACCAGAGGCUGUCCCAGGGAAAGGCCACUUCUCCGUCCCCCAUCCCAGCUGGGGCCUAAUAGACCAGCAAGUAGAAAACACUCAGCUGACCACAGAAAUAGCCAAGAUGACAGUUUGGACUGGUUUGACUCCAUAGCAACUCAUCCGAUUGAACCUGAAAACACUGUUCCUGUGUCUCCCAGACCCAAAACAAGUCGGGGGGAAAUGGCUUUGAAAAUCUCCCACAACACAUCUCAGGGUAAGGAGAAAAGGGAGCCAGGCCAAAGGAGCAAGUUGGAAACUGGGCCGCUUCCAGCACCAGGAGAGACAGAAGCUCCAUUGAAGCCAGAUGGCGUUGAGGGUGAAAAGGCAAGAAAGGCAGCAGUGGUGUCUGAAGCGACAGUAUCUGCUGACGAGCCAGACUCGUUACUGACCCAUCACAUCCCCAGGAAACUGCACAAGCUGCGCAAGGAGAGGGCCCGGGAGCUGUGCGGGAAUCCGGCCAGGCUGCCCUCACAGCCCGCGCAGGUAGAGAGCCCCAAGAGGGGGCCAGGCACUCCCAAGAGAAAGAGGCAGAAAUCUCCUGCUGGGGUGGAAAAGCCUCAGUUCAAAAGCUUUCAGAGCCCCAGCCCUCCUGUGGCCAAACUGUCAAAAUUUACUUUCAAACAGAAGUCAAAGCUGACCCACCCCCGGGACCAUGUGUCUCCCGGCACAGGUGACACGGCAGUUCAGAGGCCUGAAAUCCCCCAGCGCGGAGCCGGAGGAGCGGCCCUGGCUGGGAAGGGUCCAGAAAAGCUGGCCUCCACCUCAGGAAUCAGCAGCUCGGCUCGGCGGCAGGAGACAAGGAAGGUGUCACGCAGCCACCGAGGAAGGACCGACCCCAAGAAGCGGGCACAGGCCCCUGCAGUGCAGGUGGCUCAGCCUGAAUCAGAGCUCGAGAGCAACACUGAGUGUGUCCGUCAUACUUGUGAAAGAGACGAGAAGGAAGACAGGAAGGAAGAGGUCGGGUGCCAUAGUAAAAGUAUUAGGGUUCGUGCUUGCACGUUAGCCAGACUGUCAGGCUUCUCGUUCACUUCCCCCUCUGAAUCCAAAUCAGAAUCCCCUCCUCCUCCCACAAGUAAGAAUUCGGGUGAGGGAGGCCCCAACCCUCCUCCUUUGACCACAGCCACAGCGCUGGGCAGAAAGAGGAAAACUUUUCAGCUGGAGGGAUCCACUGAGAGAUUGAGUCUUUCUAAAACAUCUCUCUUCACUUUACCAGAACUAGAUGAUGAACCAUUAGACUUUGAUUGGGAUGAAGAAAUGAGAAAAAAGCCAUAAUCAUGACAAGCUUUCUGGUCAAAUUUUACUUCCACCACUCAACCCAGCACUUGAGUAUAUAGACAUGGUGUUUAUGUACCCACGGAACUGUUGGCCAUAUUGAGUGCCAUUCUGAAUACCAGCCACCUCACCAGGUUUUGUCAUCUCAGUUUUACCUUCAUGGCUUGAAGUUUGCACGAUCAAUGUAGGUCAGCACGGUACCAGCACUUGAAUCAAUUAAUUGACAAUUGUCCUUAAUUUUGCAAACAGAGUACUUACAUUCCCAAAGAUGUUUCUGUUUGUUUUGCUUGGGCCUUUUUUUUUUUUUUUUUUCUUAGGGGCAGGUUUUCCUGAGAUUCCUUUCUUUCAUUUACUCAGGAACAGAUGCCAGAAAGCUAACACCCAUAAAGCUAACAAGACAGAUGAACUCUUUUUCUAUUUAAUCCUUUGUAUUUUUUUUAACCCUAGCUGUGCUGAAUGUGGUAAAUAUUUAUUAUGAUUUGUCAAAAUCAUGUGAUUUUUCUAAUUUUUUGUGUUUUUUCCUCAUAUGUCAGAUUAAAUAUGACUAAGGCUCUUGUUUCUUUGAGAGGCAUUCUCACAGUCCCAUGAUAGUCUUAAAAAGAUCUGGCAACUGGUCAACUAGUAGCUGUCUUGAGGUAUUGACUUUUGAGUUUUCCUUUCUUUCUUGAGCCACCAUUUUGUGCUUCUGAUUCUUUUUUAUGUCUUAGGGACUUACCUUCAAAACAUUUUAAAUCCUGUGGUUGGAAGAAGAGAGUGUGCACUGGUCUCAGUCAUAUAUCAUGGCAUCUACCCAAGUGGUUAAUAUGGAAACAUGAUUCCCACUAAGUUAUGAUUCAUUUGUCUUUAAAACCAAGCAAUGACUGUGUUUGGUAGGAAUAGACAACUCAAAUUUUGUUUUUCUUAAGUGCUUUUAGAAUAAUUUCUUCCUUUAGAUUCUAUCAAGGAUUGUUAGGUUUCCACAAUUACAGACUUUCUUUUCUUAAGUGUGAAUUUGGAAAAAAAAUAGAUUCUUUCUUUGUAUUAGGGACUUUAGACAUGAGGUAUACUGGAAACUGUAUUACUUUGUUUAAUGAUCGCUUCAUUAAGUUCAUAAAGAAAAAAGGUGAGGAACCCCAAGUUUUCUUCAGCGUGUAAACAUUAAUUCCAAAAAUGACUGAUAAAAUUUUCUGCAAAAUUGUAAACUGUGAGUACAAAUUUAGUAUAGAUGACUCUUGAAAUCUUAACACCUUAAGCAGCUGAUAAAAAACAUACACAAACCGAUUAUAAAAGUUAUUAUCGCACAUUCACUUAAACCUAUCUUAAAACGUCAAGAUAUGGCUUAUGUAAUUUCUUCAUUUUUUAUGUACUUAAUAAUUAUGUUUUUUCUCUACCUAAAAAGUACAUUUUUUUCUGUACUUUCCCAGUGUAGUAAUAUGAUAUAUUCCUAAUCCUUCAGUCUUACUACAACUAAAGGGAAAGGAAAGGAUCUGGGUCAUUGACCAGUUGAUUUUGGUCUGGAAAUGGUCUGAUUGUGUAGACUGGGAUAGUUCAAACCUGAGCCACAGCGUUGAGCUGACUUUUUUUGAUGGUAUACUUUCAAGUUCCUUUCUUAUAUAAAUUUUUCUCUUUGAAACUUAGUAUCUUUUGCAGUAAUGAUGCAUUAAGCGAGGCAUGGCUGAUAGUGCCUGAUCAAUUGGUUUGCCAUUAGGGUAUUUUGAUCUGUUCUGUUUUUACUAUUUAAUAAUGGUUGUAUUCUCAAGCUUUCAUUUUUCAUUUCAAUACCAAUCCUAGAGCUCUUGAUUAAUGUAGUUAACUUGUCUCUUCAGGACACUGAGUAAUUCAUUUACAGUGUUGAAUGUCUCUUUCUGAGUUAUUUUAUGUGACCAUCUAUGCCAUCUUCUACCUGGUUAUUUUCUGUACUCAUCCUGUUGCUUAUGCUAACAAAUUCACCCUAUUUUUUUUUUUUUUUUAGUACCUUCUGCCAGGAUCAUUUGGUCAGGUUACAAGUUCCAUGUAUUUAUUCUUCAGUGCUUACCCAGAGAGAAAGGAGUAUAUAUGUAAAUAUUAUAAACAGACAUAACUAUUAGAAGAAAUAAAAUACUCAAUAUGAAUGCUCCCCCCACUUAUUAAAAAAUUAAACUUGUGUCACAGCUUACUUUUGUAUUAUGCUUCUUUGCUUGUAUUUAAUGCUUAAAUUCUCCUAAUGUGGUCAGUGGGAAGUCCCUUUAUGUUGACACCCACGUCCUUUUAGGACUGAUUUUCCUAAAAGUACCUGUGAUAUCUGAAAUAAAGUAGCACAUGCCAGACCCAUUUUUUUUUUCCUGCCUCAAGUCACAGAAUCAGCCACCCCUAAGGCACUUGUGUUUCCUAUGAUAUUAAAGGCCUAACUCAGGGUUCAGGGGUGCAUGGAAGAAUCCAUACUACUACUGCUGUGGGGUCCCUCACCAGUUUCAGAGCUGAAAUGUUUAGUGUCCUGAGGUCACAUUUUAUCCUGCUGUGUCCUACUUUUUUUUACACUGUGUGAUUUCACAACAACUGACUUUCUCUUAUAUGGUAUUUAAUGUUGUACCAACCAAAAACAUAGAUGUCUCGGGGGGAAUAUGCACAGUCUCAAAAAUCAUAUUUCCAGUCAAUAAAGGAAAGUAUAAAAAUAACCUUCCAUUCUGCAUCAACGUAUCAGGAUUUAUUUUUUUUCAGGCCAGUGGAUUCUUUGAAAACAUUUUAAUCAUGUCAAUUGUUUAAACACAAUAAAAACUAUACCUAAUUUUCUUUGUUAGAGGACCAAACUGGAAUCUUAAUUCUAUUAUAACUAUAUAAAAGACUUGAGUUUUCUGACAUUGUUAAAGAUACGCUUUUCGAUUUACAUGUGGUAUUCUAAAAUUUGUAAUAGGGAUUUUAUUGUAAUCUUCUGAAGUUCUCCUGAAACUUUAACAAUACAGUUCUGUUCUUGAUUGAAAAGCUUUACUUCCAACAA